CACACACACAACCUUGUUCUGGGAAUCUCACUGCGUGUAAGAACUCUUCCAUUUCCCCCUGCUUACAUCCCAUAGCAGUGUAGUGACGAGCUAUAAAAAUCUUAUUGCUGAAUGAAACAGCAAAGCAAGACACGUAUGUUUUUCAGCAUUUUCACGCCUUUCACGGUACAUGAGCAUCUCCUGCUUUGCCGAUGAAGAAGGAGGGAAGGAAGAAAGGAGGGAGAAGCUGCUAAAAAUAACUCAGAGGAUCUACAGGUUGCUGCGUUGGAUGCUGAGAGGCUGCAGGUUGGGGCGGAGCUGAACGCUGGGAGGCUCUCAGAGUUCUUCCUUUCUCUGCCUCCAUUGAUCAGUUUGGUGAGGAAGGCGGGUCCUCUGCCGUCGCCGUCAAGCAGCUCGGCUGCGUCAGAGUGCAGCUGAGCAAGGAAAGAAGGAAACAGGUAAUAAAAAGGAAAGAGGUUCUGGACGGCCAGGGAGAACGGAUCCAAGCGGAGCGUCAGUGUGACUAAGCCGUUGUUGAACGCACCGCAGACAGACUGACGGACAUGGAGGGCUGCACGGAGGAAGAACACAAGGAGAAAUUAUUAUGGAACGUCAAGCGGGAGGUGAAACAGAUUAUGGAAGAAGCAGUAACUAGGAAAUUUGUGCAUGAAGACAGCAGCCACAUCAUCGCUCUCUGCACUGCCAUUGAGGCCUGUCUGAGUCACCUCCUAAAGAGACGUGCAGCCGGCUUUCUCCGCAGUGACAAGAUAGCCGCCCUCUUCACUAAGGUUGGCAAAGUGUAUGACACCGCUGGUGAGGUGUGUCGGAAAGUACAGGAGCAGCUCCAGCAGCAGGCUGAUCUCACCAGGAGAGCCCAGAGCGUUGGCCAUGAACCUCUGAGAAGACGAGGCUCCUCCACCACCAGCCGUCCCCCUCAGCCCCUCUCUGCCCAGGCCAUCAAACACAUCUGGGUCCGUACGGCUCUCUUUGAGAAAGUUUUGGAUAAGAUAAUCCAGCACAUUGUGGACAACUCCAGUAAUUUCUAUGAAAGGGAAGCUCUAAUGCAUGACCCAGUCUUCGGGCCCAUCUUAGCAGCCCUGCUUGUGGGGCCCUGUGCAUUGGAGUACACUAAGCUGAAAACUUCAGAUCAUUUCUGGACAGACCCCUCAGCCAAUGAGCUGGUUCAGCGCCACCGUAUCCACGGGGCCCACCGGAGCCUGGAUGUCUCAUCUGGCCGUCGACCUGCUUUGGGGAUCCGGAAGAGGCAGUCCAGUGGGAGCAUGUCUGAAGAUAGGUUUGCAGCAUCUGCGAGAGAGUAUGUGGAGUCUCUUCAUCAAAAUUCUAGAACACACCUCCUUUACGGAAAAAACAACGUCCUGGUGCAACCGAAGAAGGACAUGGAGGUGUUAAGGGGCUACUUGUCACUCCAUCAAGCUGGGGAUAACCUCACACUAAAGUGGACACCUAACCAGCUCAUCAACGGCACUCUGGGAGACUGUGACCUGGAGAAAAGUAUUUAUUGGGACUAUGCACUGACUGUUCCUCUGCGCCAGAUUGUUUGCAUCCACUGUCACCAACGCCCGGAUUGUGGAGGGACACUGGUACUCGUCAGUCAAGAUGGGAUCCAGCGGCCACCCCUGCAAUUUCCUCCCGGUGGUCACCUCCUGGCUUUCCUCUCCUGUCUGGAAACUGGACUACUACCACGAGGUCAAUUGGAACCUCCCCUCUGGUCCCAGAAAGGCAAGGGAAAAGUGUUCCCUAAAUUGAGGAAGAGGAGCAGUGCGGCCCGGCUCAUGGAACAGGACAGGAACAGUGAGGAGCAGACAGCUGCUGAUUAUGUCUUUCGAAUUGUCUACCCAGGAUACCGAUAUGAUUCCACAGUCACCAUAAACUACCACCACACCACGGGCAGCCGCGCACCGUCGCUGGAUGACGAUGAGGAAGAGGAAGAUAGACUUCAUGCUAUGAUCUCAAUGAUCUGCUCGCGGAACCUCACAGACCCUAAUGUCCUGAAAGACCAUGGGGAGAUGAUGGAGAUGCAAGGUUUGGGAGGCAGCCCGUCGUCGUGGCAACAGACCGAAGUAACCACUCACGAGUUGCUGUGCCAGUCCUGCUCCACAGCCGGUAGCAACACAUCAUUCAAUUACACAGCCGGCUGUACCUGCCUGCAUCAGCCGUCGGAUAUUCACACUAUUCCACUGAAGAUGCUCUGUCAGAACAUGAAGCGGCAGAUCGUUUCCAGAGCCUUCUAUGGAUGGCUUGCAUACUGUCGACACCUGUCUACUGUGAGGACCCACCUGUCAGCUCUGGUGAACCACAACAUCGUACCCCCAGACAGACCUUGUGAGGCAUCUGGGGGACUCAGCAAAGAAGUUUGGAGCAAGUACCAGAAGGACUGCAAGAACUACAAGGAGCUGGAGCUGCUCAGGCUGGUUUAUUAUGGAGGAGUACAGCAUGAGAUCAGGAAAGAGGUUUGGCCCUUCCUGCUGGGACACUACAAGUUUGGCAUGAGCAAAAAGGACAUGAGUCAGAUUGAUGCGAAGAUCAAUGAACGCUACCAACAGGUGAUGAGGGAGUGGAAGGCUUGUGAGGUCAUUGUCAAGCAGAGGGAGAAGGAGAUGCAGUCAGCCAUCUUUGCCAAGCUCUCCUCGGGCAGUAGCAUAGACAGCCACGUCCUGAGGCUUGCCCACAGAGACUCCACACUCAGCAAUGAGGUCUUUAUGUCUGUGGACGAGCCAGAUGCAGAGAGUCAGGAGACCCCUAAUGGAGAAGACAGCACUCCUAUCAUGACCAUUCUGGCCCCGCCUGCUGCUGUGCCCCCAGAGGAGCGUCCUCUGGUAGAGUUUGACUCCCCUGACUCAGGUCUCCCUUCCUCCAGGAACUACUCAGUUACUUCUGCUCACUCUCAGAUCCUGUCCAGCAUAGACGACGGUCAGAGCACUGAGGAGGAAGUUGGGGGCAGGGAGGAAGGCAGGACUCCAGUAAGGGGGCGUCAGGACUCUCUUAUUGAGGACAGGCUGUGCAAUCAGCUGGACAAACUGGUGACAAGUGGAGCUGAUUCUGAUGGGAUGUCAGCCUCUCUCUCCUCUUACACAAUCGAGCUUCUGGACACAGUUGCUCUCAACCUCCACAGAAUAGACAAAGAUGUGCAGCGUUGUGACCGGAACUAUUAUUACUUCACCACAGCCAACCUGGAGAAACUACGCAACAUCAUGUGCAGCUACGUGUGGGAGCAUUUAGAGAUGGGCUACGUUCAGGGCAUGUGUGACCUGCUCGCACCGCUCGUGGUCAUCCUGGAUGAUGAGAGCCUGGCGUACAGCUGCUUCACUCAGCUAAUGAAGAGGAUGAGUCAGAACUUCCCUAAUGGCGGAGCCAUGGACACACACUUUGCCAACAUGAGGUCACUGAUCCAGAUUCUGGACUCUGAGCUGUUUGAGCUGAUGCAGCAGAACGGAGAUUACACUCACUUCUACUUCUGUUACCGCUGGUUCCUGCUAGAUUUUAAAAGAGAGCUCCUGUAUGAGGAUGUGUUUGCAGUAUGGGAGGUGAUCUGGGUGGCUCCCAGGAUCUCCUCUCGGCACUUUGUCCUCUUCCUGGCCCUAGCGCUGGUUACAGUUUACCGUGAGAUCAUCAUAGACAACAAUAUGGACUUCACCGACAUCAUCAAGUUCUUUAAUGAAAUGGCCGAACGUCACGACGUGCAACUUGUCUUACGGAUGGCACGUGAGCUGGUACACAAGGUCCAGUCUCUGAUGGACAACAAGUAACUUUGGAGAAAUAUGGUAACUGGGAGGAAUGGGGGUGUAUGUGCAGCCAUGUGUUACAGAGACACUUUCUUGGCCUCCACACAUCCAGACCUGUCUACAGAGGUCCCACUAAAGGCCCUGGGAGCAGGGCAGGAGCGUUGCUGAGGCCGCCUGGCUCUUGAGUUCUGUUUACAUGUUCCUUCACAUGGAAUGCCCAUGGUCUCUGUUUAGACAUGUGGAUUUGUCUGCAUGCUAGUGAGUUUAAUCACACUGUGAACACAUUCUUCAGUCCCCCGGUCUUACAGUGUGUGUGCAUGAAAACAUACACACAUCAUUCUGGCUCUUCUCAAGUUUCCUACAGUCCCGCUCUUUACUGAAUCUGGAGCUACACCUAUGGAAAGCCUGUGAGGAAAGCUGAAGACGAAGACCUGUGUGUUUGCCAAACAUGUUCCUCAGUGCAGUGCCACAUGAGACCACAAGAGUGCAGGAUUUUACACAACAUUGUCAGAGGAGCAGAAGACUUUGCCACGAAGAUGCUUUCAUCAGUGACCAAAUGGACUGUGCCAACUACCUUUUCUCGAGUGUUUUAUACAAGCAUGUGUGUUUUUAGCUGUUCACCCCAUUUUUAACGUUUCUUUUUCUUGUCUAAAGUUUCAUUGUAACACAAAUGUUGCCUUUUAGUGACAGCCCACGGUACUUAGAUGCACUUUUCUCUGAGAGUUUCCUUCAUGGUACUUACGAAGGGUUCAUCAAACCUGCUGGAGGCCGAUGGCACAAAGUGACAGUGGAUUAAUUGCAGCCAGUUUUCCUGCAUAUGACAGUAUAUGUUUGAAGCAUGUGUGGAACAAACCAGAACAGCACAACAGUAAAGGGAAAAGCACACAGGCCUUCGUUGUCCUCUAACAAACUUUUAUCAGCGUCUUUCUGAUUAAAGGGAAAAAGUGAUACAGUUUUCACAACUGCCUGUAUUAGUGUAGGAUGUUCACUUCAGUGUUGUGAGGUAAAUUCUACUGAUUAGAUCCAUCCAUCUAUCCACCAUCUAUGCCUGAUUGUCCUUGCAGGGUCAUAGGGGCAGAAAGGAAUACACAGGAUAGACAAUUAUGCACACUCAUGCCUAAGGGCAGUUUGGAGAAAUCAAUAAACCUAACAGUCAUGCUUUUGGAAUGUAGGAGGAAGCUGGAGUACCCAGAGAGAAGCCACGCAUGCACAGAGAGAAGAUGCAGACUCCGUGCAAGUAGACCCCAGGCCGGGAUUUGAACCAAGGAUCUUAUUGCUGCAGGACAACAGUGCUACCAACUGCGCCAUCAUGCAGCCCCUUGAUCAGAGAUCAGAACACAUUUUAAAAGGAUUUCAUAAUUCAUCCGGCAUAGAUUUUUUGCAAGCAUGAUAUGCAGAUCAGAGGUAUUGUGGGGCUGAGCAUCUUCCAUGGUGGCACUUGGCACUCUCAUUGAGGGUAGUAGCGUGUGACCAGGACGAAGGAAAAAUAUGAAACAGCAGGGUGGAUUCUGAUCAUGUCCCUUAAGGCAAUUUUAGCAUGGGCUGUGGGCAUAUGAGGUGUCUGAGUCGCUUUUACUGGCUGUCUGCUCUCUGCAUCACCACCCAAGAGUUAUGUCCACACUCCUGCCACUAACAGGAGCUUUUUUCAGUCUGGGUCUGACUUCUUCUCAUUGGUCUUCUUCUGGGUGUUGUUAUGCACAGAACGUAAAUGUUUAGUCAUGAAGAGGAGGUUGGUUUUGAAACCUGAUUUAGGUGUCUGAUUUUGCAGAUGAUGUGAUUACUUUAGUUUCUUUUGUUCAUGGCCUUUUACUGAAGAUGUUCGCUGCCCAGUGAAGCAGCUCAGAUCAGAAUCAGUUUUUCUAAAUAAAAAGCCAGGGUGGAAUGCUGCCUCUGGGUCAGCCUCUGGAUAAAGAUAAGUGAUGGCAGGAUGGAACAAGGGAUAGAUAGACCCAUGGGGUCCCCUUUCGCAGUAAUGAGGCCAUUGCUACAGUCAGUGGUAAUAAAAACUCUGUUUAACUGUUCCAACCCUUAUCUCUAGUAAUAUGGAUCAUGACCUAAAGCUUCUAGAUACAAACAGUAGGGUGGCGGGGUUCUGUUUUAGAGCCAAGGUGAAGAGCUCUGUUAUAUGGGUGGAAACUCAGAGUAGAACUGCUGAUUCUAAAAAUUGAAAGGAGGUUCAAGAAUGUGAUCAGGGUGUCUCGUGAAUCCUAUCUUUGGUCCUAAAAGGACCCAGCGUCCUGCUUUUGGAGAUUUUCUGGGCAUGUUCCACUGGGAGGUGAUCAGACCCAAAAUUUGCUGGGUUGACUAUAUAUCACUUUUGGAACUUGGACUAUAGCCUCUGCAGAUGGUUGUGCGCUUAACUACACCACCAGCGCUGCGCCGCACUUUUGGUCUUUAAACACCUUGAUAUCUCCUCUGACGAAGUGGAGGGUAUCAGUAGAGUGUCAGUAGAGAGAGGGAUGUCAUGGUUUUUCCUACUGGACCUGUUACCUUUACGAGUGAAUCUCAGUAGAAGACACAUCAAGUAUAGAUUGAGAAUGAGAUGUUUGAGGGAAGAAUGAGCCAUGGCAGUUGAUGAAAGACUUAAUAAAGAAAAACCUUUAUGAAUAGUAAAAAAACAACAUUCUUAAUUAAAUGUACCAACAUAUUCCUUAAUGACUAAGUCAACAUUUCUUUUCGUUGUUGAAAUAAAAAAUCACACAGAAGACAAAUGAAAACUCAGUUUAUUAGUUUCAGAUAAAACUCCAAACACUAGUGCCAACAGAAAAUUAUUGCCUGUAAAGUCAGUAAUUGUCUUUCCAUCUUUGUUUUUUGAUGGUCAUUUGACACUCAACACUAAUCCUUCUCUCUAGGUGGGCUUUGCUUCCUUUCAAAAGCCCAUUAGGAGAGAGAAAAACCCUUAUGGUUUAUUCAGGAUUUGCUGACAUGAAGUAUGAUUAACGGAGUUCAGCCGACGUUAUCAGUCUGCUGAGGUAUCACCUGAUAUUUCCCAUUUAUUAAAUUCAGUUCAAUUCAUGUCUUUUAUAUGGUGCUGAUUCACAACGAAACAUUGAAUCAAUACACAAAAAUAUGUAUGGAAUUCAGUCCAGUAACACAAGUUAAGUACAUGUAUUCCAAUUUGAUCCUAGUUAUUUCACAAUGCAGUCAAGUUCAGUUUAUUAUUCAAAUUAUUAAAAGUUUUCUUCUUUUUUAUCUAGACGUAGCUACUGGCUGAGCUUCUACUGUGACUAACUGUAUGUGC